AUUCUUUGUAACACAGUCCAAGAGCUUGAAUCUGAGACCAUUUCAGCCUUGCAAGAAAGGCAACAAAUAUAUUCAAUUGGACCAAUAUUUCCCCCCGGGUUCACCAAGAGCCGUGUGGCCACAAGCCUGUGGUCCGAGUCAGAUUGCAUCCAAUGGCUCAGCACUAGGUCACGUGGCUCAGUUUUGUACGUGUCAUUUGGUAGCUAUGCUCAUGCUAGCAAAAGAGAGAUCGAGGAAAUAGCCAAUGGGCUUUUGCUCAGCAAAGUUGGUUUUAUUUGGGUACUUCGUCCUGAUAUAGUCAGCUCUGACGAACCCGAAAUCCUACCCGUUGGAUUUGAAGAUGAGAUCAAAGAUCAAGAGCAGGGGUUGAUUGUGCCAUGGUGCUCUCAGAUUGAGGUGAUCUCACACCCUGCAAUUGGAGGCUUCAUAACACAUUGUGGAUGGAAUUCAAUAUUGGAAAGCAUAUGGUGCAAUCUUCCCUUGUUGUGUUUUCCUUUGUUGACUGACCAAUUCACUAAUAGGAAAUUAGUGGUGGAUGAUUGGAGGGUUGGGCUUAAUCUUUGUGACCAAAAACCAAUCACAAAGGAGGAAGUGGCAGAGAAGAUCAGCCGUCUGAUGAGUGGAAAAUCAGCUGAUGAAUUGAGGAGGAAUGUCAAGGAGGUC